AUGCCGUCUGUGCAUUCCCAGUCUCCCUGCUGCCUUGCCAAGGGCGGCGGGACCCCAGGCCCAGCUCUGGAGUGCCGGCUGCCGGCACAGGCCGGGCAGGGCUGCGGCGGGCCCCGGCACAUGAGCAGGGGUCGAUCCAGGGCCGGCGGCGCCCGGAGCUCGGCAGCAGCGGGGGCCGCGGCCGCGCUCCCUUGUGACCGUCCCCGGGCGGGCCGGGCCCGGACCCUCAGAGCCCGGCAGGCUCGGCCCGAGCCGCCUUCGGGCGCGGGGCUGCCGGGGGAGCUCGGCCGGCGGUGCUGGAUGGCGCUGCGCUGCGAGCGGCUGCCGCAGGACCCUGCCGUGCCAGGUACCGCUCCCACCCGGCCCGGCUCCGGCCCGCAGCUCCCCGCUUCGGUUAGGUGCGGGGUUAAGCUCUCGAAGGAGUCGCUGGGGGGAAGAGAGACCAGUGGAGAUCCUCCAGCACCUUUUCUGGAUGGACAACGAUACUAUGAGCAGGGCUUGUAUGAAGAAGCAUUAAAGCAAUUUGAAAAAAUCAAGGAUACAGAUUUUCAAGCAAUGUAUCAGCUUGGUGUAAUGUAUUAUGAUGGACUUGGCACUAAAAAAGACCCCGAAAGGGGAGUGGAAUACAUGAAUAAAAUACUCAACUCUGAUUCUCCAAAAGCAAGACACUUGAAGUUUGCAGCUGCAUACAAUCUUGGCAGGGCAUAUUAUGAAGGAUGUGGUGUUAAACAUUCAGCUGAAGAGGCUGAAAGGUUGUGGCUUACUGCUGCAGACGGUGGAAAUCCAAAAGCAAGUGUGAAGGCCCAGAGUACUUUAGGAAUGUUGCAUUGUAUGCCAAUUCUAAAAGAUCUGAAUAAGGCCUUUUUCUGGCAUUCAGAAGCAUGUAACAAUGGAAAUCUGGAAUCACAGGGAGCACUUGGCAUUAUGUAUCUCUAUGGACAAGGUACACGUCAAAACACUACAGCUGCUUUGGAGCAUUUGAGAAAAGCAGCAGAACUUGGAAACAUCUAUGCUCAAGGCCACCUUGUGGAAUAUUACUACUCUAGAAAAUUCUACUCCAAAGCUGCUGCACUAGCCAAAAGGGCUACAGAAAAUGAUGACAUCGACAUGCUAGCCAAGAUAACUGAUUGUCAUCCAACAUCUGUAGCUAAGGGGGCUGCUAUGGCUGCUUUCUACUUGGCUAGAUGCCUCCAGCUUGGCCGAGGCACAGAGAAAGACCAGCAUGCUUCUGAGAAGUACUAUUCUAAAGCAUGCCAUCUGGAUCCUGCUGUUGCUUCUCACCUUGAACUGGCAGCUAAUCUUGGGAGAAUUUAAUGUUUCUUUUAACUGUGCCUGCUAUAUAAAUAUAUUUCCUACAAUAAACCAUCAUUAAUCUCCAGCAA